UGGUGUCUAACAGACUUUUUAUGGUUUUGUAGUUUUAUUGCUCUGGUAAGGAAUUGGGUUUUUUUCUUUUCUGGCUGGAUAUGGGGGAUACUGCUGUACGGCUUUUAAGACUUUCUCUGGUUCUGCUCACACUCUGUGUCAGUGGUCAUAUUGGAAAUGUUGAUGGUUUUGUCAUCAGAGGAGGUCAUGCUGGAUACUAUGAGGCUGGUCUCCUUUUGCAGGAUGAUGUGAAACCACAAAGUUCUGAUUUGCAAGGCCAAGGAGGAGGUGUGGAUCCCAGUGCUGCAGUUAAGGAUGUAUAUAGCAGUGCAAGCUAUAGUCCUCAAACCGUCUCUUCUGGCUCUGUUUCUAUGUUUGGCUCUGACUCUGCCAUUAGAAGUAAACUUCAAGGUUCUCUGGUAUCUUCAGCUGGUAGUGGCAGUCUUGUUUCUGGUUCUGUGGCACCUGCAUUGGGUACAAGUGUGAGCAGUGAGUCUGUACCCCAGCCAGCACAGCUUGUUUCUCAAACGCUUGUGCAAUCUAAUGAGUCUGUAGCAUCUAGUAGUCUUCAACUAAUGCAGACCAGCUCCCAGUCCAGUGGCCAACAACCCUCUGUCAAGCCCCAGAAAAGUAGAUUUUCACGAGUUGGUUCCAAGCUCUUUUCUGGUACCAGACCAGUCCAGACUUCAAGUUCCAGUUUUACCUUCAAGCCUUUGCAGAGACGAAAUGAGUCAACCAUACCUGGUUCUCAGUUAGUGCAAGGCAGCUAUGGGUCACAAUAUGAAUCCAGAGUUCAAUCCAGCAGUGUACAACCAGCACAGGGAGGCUACCAACUUGUGGCCCAGGCCAGCAUCCAACAGUCCUCUCAAGCCAGCAGCCAGCACUCUGAACAAGCCAUCUCCCAAUCUGUGGACCAGUCCAGUGUCCAACCAGCACAAGCUGUUUCACAGUCUGUAGACCAGUCUAGCAGCCACCAGUCAGGACAAGUAGUCUCUCAGCCUGCAGCCCAGCCUAGUGUCGAAGUACAAGCCAUCUCUCAAUCUGUGGACCAGUCCGCACAAGCUAGCCAGCUCUCUAUGGCCCAGCCCAGCUUUGAACAUAUGGGACAAGCCACUUCACAGUCUGUGGACCAGUCCAGUGUCCAACAGCCAGCACAAGCUGUUUCACAGUCAGGACAAGUAGUCUCCCAAUCUGCGGCCCAGCCUGGUGUCCAAGUACAAACCAUCUCUCAAUCUGGGGACCAGUCCAGUGGCCAGCAGCUGGCACAAGCCAGGUACCAGUAUGUAGCCCAGCCUAGUGACCAAAAACCAGGACUGAUACGAUACCAGCCUGUCUCCCAGCUCAGUGGCCUACAGUCAGCGCAAGCCCGCUAUCAGUCCGUGGCCCAGCCCAGUGUCCAACAACCAGCACAAGCAAGCUUUGAGUCUGUGCCCCAGUCUAGUGGCCUGCAGUCAGCACAAGCUAGCUUCCAGUCUGUGCCCCAGCCUAGUGGCUUGCAGUCGGCACAAGCCAGCUUCCAGUCUGUGCCCCAGCCCAGUGGCCUGCAGUCGGCACAAGCCAGCUUCCAGUCUGCGCCCCAGCCCAGUGGCCUGCAGUCGGCACAAGCCAGCUUCCAGUCUGCGCCCCAGCCCAGUGGCCUGCAGUCGGCACAAGCCAGCUUCCAGUCUGCGCCCCAGCCCAGUGGCCUGCAGUCGGCACAAGCCAGCUUCCAGUCUGCGCCCCAGCCCAGUGCCCUACAGUCGGCACAAGCCAGCUUCCAGUCUGCCCCCCAGCCCAGUGGCCUGCAGUCGGCACAAGCCAGCUUCCAGUCUGCGCCCCAGCCUAGUGGCCUGCAGUCAGCACAAACAAGCUACCAAUCAGCACAAGCUCGCUACCAGUCUGCAGCCCAGGCUAGUGGCCUGCAGUCAGCACAAGCCAGCUACCAACCGGCACAGGCUUGCUACCAGUCUGCACCCCAGGCUAGUGGUCUGCAGUCAGCACAAACAAGCUACCAAUCAGCACAGACUCGCUACCAGUCUGCGGCCCGGCCCAGCAUCCAACAACCGGCACAAACCAGCUACCAGUCUGUGCCCCAGCCUAGUGGCCUGCAGUCAGCACAAGCCAGCUUCCAGUCUGUUUCCCAGCCUAGUGGCCUGCAGUCAGCACCAACAAGCUACCAAUCAGCACAGGUUGGCUACCAGUCUCUGCCCCAGUCUAGUGGCCUGCAGUCAGCACAAGCCAGCUUCCAGUCUGCGCCCCAGCCCAGUGGCCUGCAGUCAGCACAAGCCAGCUUCCAGUCUGCGCCCCAGCCCAGUGGCCUACACUCAGCACAAGCCAGCUUCCAGUCUGUUUCCCAGCCUAGUGGCCUGCAGUCACCACAAGCAAGCUACCAAUCUGCGGCCCGGCCCAGCGUCCAACAACCGGCACAAGUUGGCUACCAGUCUCUGCCCCAGCCUAGUGGCCUGCAGUCAGCACAAACAAGCUACCAAUCAGCACAGACUCGCUACCAGUCUGCGGCCCAGCCCAGCGUCCAACAACCGGCACAGGUUGGCUACCAGUCUGCACCCCAGCCUAGUGGCCUGCAGUCAGCACAAGCCAGCUUCCAGUCUGCGCCCCAGCCCAGUGGAUUGCAGUCAGCACAAACAAGCUACCAAUCGGCACAAACUCGCUACCAGUCUGCGGCCCGGCCCAGCGUCCAACAACCGGCACAAGUUGGCUACCAGUCUGCACCCCAGCCUAGUGGCCUGCAGUCAGCACAAACAAGCUACCAAUCGGCACAAACUCGCUACCAAUCUGCGGCCCGGCCCAGCGUCCAACAACCGGCACAAGUUGGCUACCAGUCUGCACCCCAGCCUAGUGGCCUGCAGUCAGCACAAGCCAGCUUCCAGUCUGCGCCCCAGCCUAGUGGCCUGCAGUCAGCACAAGCCAGCUUCCAGUAUGUGCCCCAGCCUAGUGGCCUACAGUCAGCACAAGCCAGCUUCCAGUCUGCACCCCAGCCUAGUGGCCUGCAGUCAGCACAAACAAGCUACCAAUCGGCACAAACUCGCUACCAAUCUGCGGCCCGGCCCAGCGUCCAACAACCGGCACAAGUUGGCUACCAGUCUGCACCCCAGCCUAGUGGCCUGCAGUCAGCACAAGCCAGCUUCCAGUCUGCGCCCCAGCCUAGUGGCCUGCAGUCAGCACAAGCCAGCUUCCAGUAUGUGCCCCAGCCUAGUGGCCUACAGUCAGCACAAACCAGCUUCCAGUCUGCACCCCAGCCUAGUGGCCUGCAGUCAGCACAAGCCAGCUUCCAGUCUGCGCCCCAGCCUAGUGGCCUGCAGUCAGCACAAGCCAGCUUCCAGUAUGUGCCCCAGCCUAGUGGCCUACAGUCAGCACAAGCCAGCUUCCAGUCUGCGCCCCAGCCCAGUGGACUGCAGUCAGCACAAGCCAGCUUCCAGUAUGUGCCCCAGCCCAGUGGACUGCAGUCAGCACAAACAAGCUACCAAUCGGCACAGACUCGCUACCAGUCUGCGGCCCGGCCCAGCGUCCAACAACCGGCACAGGUUGGCUACCAGUCUGCACCCCAGCCUAGUGGCCUGCAGUCAGCACAAGCCAGCUUCCAGUAUGUGCCCCAGCCGAGUGGCCUACAGUCAGCACAAGCCAGCUUCCAGUCUGCACCCCAGCCUAGUGGCCUGCAGUCAGCACAAGCCAGCUUCCAGUAUGUGCCCCAGCCCAGUGGACUGCAGUCAGCACAAACAAGCUACCAAUCGGCACAGACUCGCUACCAGUCUGUGGCCCGGCCCAGCGUCCAACAACCGGCACAGGUUGGCUACCAGUCUGCACCCCAGCCUAGUGGCCUGCAGUCAGCACAAGCCAGCUUCCAGUAUGUGCCCCAGCCUAGUGGCCUACAGUCAGCACAAGCCAGCUUCCAGUCUGCACCCCAGCCCAGUGGCCUGCAGUCAGCACAAGCCAGCUUCCAGUCUGCGCCCCAGCCUAGUGGCCUGCAGUCAGCACAAGCCAGCUACCAGCCUAGUGGCCAAUCUGUGUCUCUCUGGCCUGGAUCCCAGCUCUUUUCUAUGGCAGACCAUUCAAGUUCUGAGGCUCUUUCCAGUUUUGGUUCCCAACCCCUGCAGCAACCAAGUAAUGUACAACUUGCUUCAAGCUAUGAGUCUGUGUUGCAGUCUGCUAAGCCUGACCUUCAAGAUACCGCACCAUUGCGUUCCCAGACUACUCAAAGCAAGCGCUUGUCACCAGGCAUGUUGAGGCUGUUGCAACAAGUGAAGUCGUAGCUGCAUAGUUGAUUUAACUUGUUUGUUUUGAAGGAAAAAAUAAAUGUUACUAUUUGAA